UUUGCCCCGCCCACUGAUAACGUUUUUACUGCAGAAAUUAUAGUUGCGUCUCCUCUCUUUUAUUCCUCCAUGGUAAACAUAUAAACAUAACCUAUGAAAUUUCCAUAAUUAUUAAUUCUGAUAUAAUUCAAAUUUUAAGUCUUUUUUAAAAUUAAAUACAAUGUAAAACAUGUCAAGUCUGUUUAGGAUAUUUAAACUAAGAAACAAAACAGCCCAACUGUUUUUAGACAGUCGAGUCCUUCCAAGUUUUCAUCCUAUAUUCCAAAAAGAUGUAGUCUGCAUUGAAAAUAACUAUAAGGAAUGGAAUAAAAAACGAACUGAAAGCAUUUUUACAUUUCCGAGCAGUAUUUUUAUAACUUCAGCUUUAACUUUAGCGUUGUGUAGUUUCGAUGAUAGAGACAAGAAAAGACUUUUCAAAGGGAUUACAUUGGGCCUAACACAUGAAGUCAGGAAUUUAAUAAAAAAUGGGAUGGAUGUAAAUCUCAGACAUGAUCUGGGUUGGACACCGUUGAUGGGAGCAGCAGUAAAUGGUCAUUAUGAUAUAGUUAAGUUGUUGCUUGAAAAUGGAGCAAAUCCAAAUUUAACUGAGAACUAUAUUAACCACACUCGUACUGCCCAACUAGUCGGUCGUCAUCCUUUAGAAGUUUUAAUGACUAGAGAUGAUGAGUUCUCUAGUUCAUUGAAUAACAGAGCUACGUUCUUGGGGUUUACUGCUUUACAUUAUGCUGUACUAGCGAACAAUAUUGAUAUUGUACGAUUGUUACUGGAACAUGGUGCAAACCCAUGUGUUGAAACUGAAGCUGGUCAUAAAGCGGUAUUAUAUGCAAAAGAAGGCCCGAUUAAGGAGCUCCUAGAACAAAAAACAGAGAAGUUUGAAGAGUUACUUAGACAAAAGGAAGUUGAAGAACGAAGGAAAUUUCCUCUUGAAGAUCGAUUAAAGCAGUAUAUUGUUGGUCAAGAAGCUGCUAUUGCCACAGUGGCGGGAACUGUAAGAAGAAAAGAAAAUGGAUGGACAGAUGACGAUCAUCCACUAGUGUUUCUCUUUCUGGGAUCUUCCGGUAUUGGAAAAACUGAAUUGGCCAAACAGCUUGCCAACUACAUUCACAGAAACAAAAAAGAGGCCUUUAUCAGAUUAGAUAUGUCGGAAUUUCAAGAAAAACACGAAGUUCUCGAAGUAGCCAAAUUAAUAGGUGCACCACCAGGAUACAUUGGACAUGAUGAAGGCGGUCAAUUAACCAAAAAAUUGAAAGCCUGUCCGGAUGCAGUUGUGCUGUUUGAUGAAGUGGACAAGGCACAUCCCGAUGUCCUGACUGUCCUGUUACAGUUAUUUGAUGAAGGCAGACUGACAGACGGCCAAGGAAAAACGAUUGAAUGCAAAAACGCCAUCUUCAUUAUGACAUCAAAUUUGGCUAGCGAAGAAAUUGCCAAUCACGCUCUUCAACUGAGAGAAGAAGUAGAAAAAAUUAAGGACGAUAGAUUGAAAAGUGAUAAAAAAGAGGAAUCUCAAUACUGUGAUGACAUCGUUAUAUCCAGGAAAUUUAAAGAUGGAGUGGUGAGACCGAUUUUAAAGAGGCAUUUUAAGAGAGACGAAUUUUUAGGAAGGAUAAAUGAAAUUGUGUAUUUUUUGCCGUUUUCCAGAAGAGAGCUGAUGGAACUCGUUAAUAGGGAAUUGCAAGGCUGGGCCAAGAGGGCCAAAGACAAGCAUAAAAUCGACAUGACGUGGGAUCGAAGUGUUGAGUCGGCCUUGGCUGACGGAUAUGACGUGUGCUACGGUGCCAGAUCGAUCAAAUACGAAGUAGAACGUCGCGUAGUGAACCAACUGGCAGCGGCGCACGAGAAUGGUGUUAUUGGGAAAGGUUCGACCAUUCAAAUCACUGCAAAUUGGCGCGAAAACGCCGAUCAAGCCGAUAUCAAAAUCCAAGUUAAGAGAAGCGGAUUUAAAGAUUUUAUAGAUAUAGGCAAAAUGCUUCCUAUUAAAAAUACUUCCUCUGGUUGGGACUAAUUUCUUGCCGUAGUUUAUACUCGCAUAUCAAAAUUAAAGCAUAAUAAUAAACAAAAUUUUAUAGACAUA